AAUUACUCUGCACAUGGUCAAGAGAGAGAAAAUAAAGGAGGUAUACGAUGAGCUCCCCUCCGGGCACAAAGGCACGGCUGGGGACGCUCCUUCCAGCAGGAGCAAGGCCGUUACCGGCCCACCGGAAAAGAUGCCCCUUAUCAGCAGCUUCAAACAGCGGGACGCAUCUCAAACACCGGUCAAGAAAAUGAUCAGGUUCAACUUCCAAAACCUGAACACUUUCGUCAAAAUUCGUGAGCUGUACUGUGCCUACGACUACUUCAAAUAUGGCUUCCCUCACUCCAGCAUUCGUCCUGAGCUGAAAAGCUUAAAGGAGAGAGCAGUGGAGCCACAGGAAGAGCCAGCAAAGGAAGCAGUAAACAAACUGCCAGAGGCUAAGAAAACAGUUACAGAGGAAGCAACAGAUUCAGCCAACAAAAUCAAUGAGCCACAACAUCUCACAGGGAUCCUCAAGAAAGGAAAGACGGCCAGCACCGCUCAUAAAUGUGUGCGCUUUAACUUCCAGAACCUGAACACUUUCGUCAAGGAUCGUGAGCUGUACUGUGCCUACGACUACUUCCAGUAUGGCUUUCCUCUCUCCAGCAUUCGUCCUGAGCUGGAAAGGCGAAAGGAGAGAACAGUGAAGCCACAGAAAGGGUCAGCAAAGGACGCGGUAAAGAAACACAACACACGACACCAGCAAACAGUUGGAGCAGCUCGCUGUGCACAAAUGAAUACCACUACUGAAGGGAAGUCUCCUAAAGGUAUCCUGAAGAAAGAAAAGAUGCCACGGUCCACCUGUCCAGGACAUGUGCGCUUCAACCUUGGUAACCUCCGCGCCCCCGUUAAGGAACGUGAGGUGUACCGUGGCCACGACACCUUCAGAUACGCCGCGCCGCUCCAAGUCACUCAGCCUCCCAACUUACCUCGAGGCCUUACCAGCAGCCCGUUAGAUCCGCCUCUAACUCGCUGCGUGGCGCACCUCGGCACCUCGCGAGGCCGGCACAGCGGAGCAACGACUCCUUCCAGCAAAACAGUGGCUGGUAUGCUGCACACAACUACACCAACAGCCGCCACUCACAGCACCGCCAGCACAACGCCAGCAGCCACGUCCCGCCCAGAUACGAAACAAAGCAUUUCUACGAGGGACAGACACAUCGGGGCACCAACUCCCGCAGCAGAAGUCGUGCCAAGAGAGGCGCAAAGCCGAGUGGUGGCGAGUUUCUGUGAGCACCGGGCGAGUACACAGCGUCGUGAUCAAACUCAAAUGUUCAGCGACGUACAGGUGACGUACAUUCCGGGUGCAUUUCUCAACACCCGCUGAACAGUCACUGUCGCUGAUUGGUGAUAACAGAGACUGAGGAGUGCCAAGAAGCACCACAAUCACACUGAGAGGAACGGCUCGCCAGCUGACUAAAAUCACCAUGCAGAGGAACGCAUCCCAUGGAACGGUGCCACUUCUACGGAACAAAUUGUUCAUGAGUGUCGCAUCUGUGGGGAGUGUUUGGACGCAUGUGUGUGC